CGCAAGGCCACACCCCGGCGCCGCAACCCCGACCCAGCGCGGUCAAGAUGGCGCUGGCGGUGGGAAUGCGCGUCUCCUCGCGUGCCCUGCCGCGCCCGUGGGCCCUGCUCCAGGGCGCGACCAUCAGGCGGACGGAGCCAGCGGCCGGCGGCGGGGACAGCGCGCGGCGCUUCGGGACCCAGCGGGUGCUGGUGGAGCCGGACGCAGCCGCAGGGGUCGCCGUGAUGAAGUUCAAGAACCCCCCAGUGAACAGCCUCAGCCUAGAGCUGCUGACAGAGUUCAUUAUCAGCCUGGAGAAGCUGGAGAAUGACAAGACCUUCCGAGGCAUCAUCCUGACUUCGGACUGCCCCAGGGUCUUCUCCGCAGGCCUGGACCUGACGGAGAUGUGCGGGAAGAACCCAGCCCACUAUGCCGAGUACUGGAAGGCGGUGCAGGAGCUGUGGCUGCGGCUGUACCUAUCCAACCUGGUGCUGAUCGCUGCCAUCAACGGAGCCUGCCCGGCCGGAGGCUGCCUUAUCUCCCUCACCUGCGACUACCGAAUCCUGGCUGACAACCCCAAGUACCUCAUGGGGCUGAACGAGACCCUGCUGGGCAUCGUUGCCCCCUUCUGGUUCAAAGACACCUUUGUGAACACCAUUGGGCACCGUGCCUCAGAGCAGGCCCUGCAGCUGGGGUUGCUCUUCCGGCCAGCAGAGGCCCUCCAGGUGGGCCUGGUGGACCAGGUGGUGCCUGAGGACCAGGUGCUGAGCACAGCGCUCUCAGUGAUGGCCCGGUGGAUGGCCAUUCCAGAUCACGCUCGACAGCUGACCAAGAACAUGAUGCGAAAGACCACGGUAGACCGCCUGGUGAAGCAGCGCGACACGGACAUCCAGAACUUUGUCAGUUUCAUCUCCAGAGACUCCAUCCAGAAGUCCCUGCAGAUGUACUUAGAAAAGCUCAAACAAAAGAAAGGCUAAGGGCUGGGCUGCCCAUGCAGGGUUUUUAGCUGUAUGCACCCUUCUGGGGGCCCUGUGGUUCCAAGGGAUUUAAAGAAGGCGUUUUCCAAUUUAAAAGUACUUUUAGCUCUUUGUUUUGCUCAUCCCCCUAAAAGGCCUGUUCCUUGUAGCCAUAGUCCCAAGGCCUGUUACCACUCACGAGUACCCUUUGUGCCUGGCGGGUGGGCAGGUGGGCACAGCUGGCAAGCAGUGUCUUGAUUUGGGAAUCAUAAACUGGUACGUGGCACCCUUCUGGACCUCAGCGAUGUCACCGUUGAGUGUCUCCUCUCCCAGAGCAGAAUAAAGUCCUUGAGUUUCCCAUC